AUGUACAACAGCUGCCCAGCUGCCGCCAAAUCUGAUGCCUGUGUCUACCAAGCUUUCCUCAGCAACGGUUCCUCUGAUGGGCACCAGGUGGAGCUGCUAGCAGUGCGCGGAUUCCUCAGAGUGGUUGUCCUGCAGCCAGUGCGAUUCCGCAUUCCCGCCAUCAGCAUGCGCUCAUGCGCUGCAGCUCCGCCAGACAGAUUCACUCCGCAAAAGUUCAGGAAAACCAGUUUGUCGGGUAUCCGAGGUCCUCCGGCGGCAGCUUGUUUGGCAGCGCCCCGGCAUCAGGAGGAGCGGCAGGAGGAGCAUCCCUCUUCGGCGCCGGCAGUAGUGGUGGUGCAAGCAUCUUUGGCGCGGCCGCAACUGGUGGAGCUGCUAGCAGUGCGUCCUCCGGCGGCAGCUUGUUUGGCAGCGCCCCGGCAUCAGGAGGAGCAGCAGGAGGAGCAUCCCUCUUCGGCGCCGGCAGUAGUGGUGGUGCAAGCAUCUUUGGCGCGGCCGCAACUGGUGGAGCUGCUAGCAGUGCGUCCUCCGGCGGCAGCUUGUUUGGCAGCGCCCCGGCAUCAGGAGGAGCGGCAGGAGGAGCAUCCCUCUUCGGCGCCGGCAGUAGUGGUGGCGCUUCGAUGUUCGGAGGCGGCAGCGGCAGCGGCAGUGCGUGCUGGCCUGUUUGGCUCGGCUGCUUCCGGCGGAGCGACCGGCUUUUCCAGUGGUGGGAGCUCUGGCGGCCUUGGCUUCGGUGCCGCGGGAGCGGCAGGUGCAGGAGGUGAGCUCCAGCAAGCCAGGGCGACGGUGAUCGAGCAUCGAAAAGUCAGCGACCUCCUGCGGAUGUGGGAAGAGCGGAUUCAGAAGCAGGCUCAGCAUUUCGAUGCCUUUGCAGAGCAAAUCUUAAGAUUCGACACCGACGUCAUUGCGAACGCCGCCAAGGUUAAGGUCCUGCGUGAAGAGCACGCACAGCUGAAAGCCAGACAAGAGCUAGCGGAUCGGUCGAUUCAGCAGAUUUGGGAGCAGCAGGACUCACUGGGCCGCCUCCUUGCAAGCUUGACCGAGGCCCUCCGUACUCAGCCACAGCAGGCAGACGAGGCAGCGGGCAGUGCAGCCGCUCCGGUGCGCACCCACCAGCGCUCUCUUGGAUUGACCAUGCAGCUGGACGAGUUGGAGCGGCAGGCAGAAGACUUGGCCCGAGAGACGGGAAAGGUGCAGUCCAACCUGUACAAGGAGCCGCUCACAACAGUCGUGCGGGUGCUUGAUGCCCAUGCAAGUGCGCUGGACGCCAUCCAAAAUCAGGUUGGCUCCGUCACUCAGCGGAUCCACGCUAUCGAGGGUGCCCUGUGA